GUUGUUGCUGCCUGCAGCUUUCCUUGAUUGUGGUGUUUGACAUUUGCUUGCUGGUUAGGUUUGACAUAUGUUAUUACUGAACAUGUAUUAUUAAAUAAAUUCGAUCAAUGUGAAGUUGUGUGAAUAAAUAGUUCACAUUCGUUUGCAAAACAAUGCAUGUCGUAGAAAAGGUUCAAUGUCGCCGGCGCAAUGAUGUUGAUAUGUGCUCAACACAGAAGUACUAGCAGUGCCUUCAUUAUAGAACGAGCUGUAGCGUAGUUUUUCUUUAUUUGUUUGCCCUUACACUUUAUAGAUCCCUAUGUAAGUGGGUCACCGCUUUAUUGUGUCAUGUCGGUGCCGGCUAUUCAGACCAGUAGUGUUCUGUACCGAAGGAUUUUGUCCCAGUUCCCACAGGAUAUCAGCCUGGCAUUUACAUAUGGCUCAGGGGUGUUCAGGCAAACUGGGACCACCCAAGGACAAAUGGGGAACAACAUGAUAGACUUUGUGAUUGCUGUCGAUGAUCCACCAACCUGGCAUACUAUGAACCUGAUGCAGAACCGGAAGCAUUAUUCCCUCCUGCGGUUCCUGGGCCCCAAACAAGUCAGCAGCAUGCAGAUGAAUUAUGGAGCAGGAGUCUAUUACAAUACAUUAGUGCCAUGUGAUGGCAGGGUGAUCAAGUAUGGUGUUAUCAGCACUGAUACAUUAAUCGAAGACUUGCUUCACUGGAAAACAUUGUAUGUGUCUGGGAGGCUCCACAAACCUGUUAAAAUCCUGGUGCAGAAUGAGAAUGGAAAGCUGCGAGCUGCACUGGUCAGCAACCUUAAGAGUGCGGUCACUGCAGCUUUCCUCAUGCUUCCAGAGAGCUUCUCAGAAGAGGAUCUGUUUGUCCAGAUUGCUGGACUCUCGUAUGCAGGGGAUUUUAGGAUGGUAAUAGGAGAAGACAAAUCCAAGGUGCUGAACAUUGUCAAGGCCAACCUGCCUCACUUUCAGAUGCUGUACAGCAACAUUCUUCAGGAUUGCCCACAGGUGGUUUACAAGCAGCAUCAGGGCAAAUUGGAGAUUGAUAAAAGCCCAGAGGGUCAGUUUGUUCAACUGAUGGGUCUGCCCAGGACUCUCCAGCAGCAGAUUACCCGAAUUGUGGACCCCCCGGGAAAGAACAGAGAUGUAGAAGAGAUGUUGCUGCAGGUGGCCCAGGACCCAGACUGCGGAUUAGUAGUACAGCAAGGUAUAUCUGCAAUAGUGAAAUCUUCAAGCAUAACCCAGAGUGCAAAGGGAAUUCUAACUGCUGGCCUUUUGAAAACUGUGUCAUACAGCAUGAAGAAACUCCAGAAAAUGUGGAAAGGGUCGAGAAGGAAGUCCCACUGAUCUAUCUCUGUGCACACUGUAUAGUCAUUAUUAAAGUCUCCUAUUUUGAAGUUUUUAUUUCUCUGAACUUGAUGGUCAAUUGAUAUUUGAAGCGGUUUUAAGCAGCGACUCUGAUAAAAAAGGGUUUGGAUCUGUUAGAUAUGAGAGAUCUAGUAAUUUAUUGAGAUAAUUUAACAGAAAAGUACAUGCAGUACAAGCAGUUUACUCCUCAAUCUGUGGCAUGACUGGUACAUCCUGCAGAGAUGAUACAACCACUUUAAACAUCAAAUAAAAUUCCUCUUCCACGGCUGCUGUGAAUACCUCAGGAUGCUUUCCUUCGUGACAAGUGCACUGAUAAGUUGAAUUGCUGUGAAGGACCCUUCAAAUAUUUCUCGUCCCAGUGUUUGAGAUGAAUUAAAUCUGUGUGCGUUCCUCGUAGCACCGAUUCUUCUAAUGCAGCUGCUGCACUGGCAAACAGAAGAUGUGGAAAACCGGACAACCCUGAAUCCUAAAUGCAUAGUUAUUUCUGCUCAUUGGACUGCAGUUCCUAUAGUGUAACCUGGCUUGAUAACUGAACCCUGAAAGGUCCACACAUACCAAUGACAGGAAAAAUAGUAACUGUCAGAAUCAUGGCUGGUUUAAUUUAACGUGGAGCUCAAUGAAAGCAAGAUUUCUAAAACUUUACGGUAAAUGUCUGAAAUAUAUUCAGUGGCUAGAUUUCCUGCUACUUUAAAAUCCAGGGCUCUCCAUUGAUGAGAUGGUCGUUUAUAGUCUCCGAAAUGCAUUACGAACAUAGAAGCAGUGAGGUAUUUCUGCCAAAUGUUUGAUUGGUUUGGUGAUCUUUACCAGUCUCUUAGGAAGUAAGCAGCAUGUAAAAAAACUAAAAAACUAUGUUCCCAUCAAUGAAGACUAGAAUUGAAAACUGAAAUAUUUCAACUCAUUAACCUUGGGGUGAGUGAUUUUUACGGACGGUGGUCAGAAACCUAUUGCAUGCUGUUUAUUCCUCUGUUGUUAAUGCUUUUUUCACAACAGCAUAUCAAAAUGGUCACGUUUGGGUUGACUUCGUCAAAAGACUGCUGAGUUUUUCUUUCUUUCUUUCUCUCGAUUGUCUUUUACUGCUCGCGCUGUAUUUUUCUUGCAUGUCUACAAUAUGUUGUAGAUGAAGGACUGAUUUUUGUGGAGUGCAAUCUGUGGGUGAGUCUUUAGGUCAUGUCAUCCCUGGGAGGUUUUAAGAAACGCAAUUUAACGGUGCUCAGUGCGCUUCAACCGCUAAAA